AUGGUUUCUCAUGUGUGUGUUUUCUUUCUCUCCUCCUCCUUCUCCCGCCGCCUCUCUCCUCCCCAAACACACACGUACACACACACACACAUACUCUCCCCCUCUCCCUCCCCCUCCUCAAGGCCGAAAAGGCAAGCCAAACCUGCAGCCGACGAAGGCUUUUGGGAUUGUAGCGUGUGCACCUUCAGGAACAGCGCCGAAGCCUUCAAAUGCAGCAUCUGCGAUGUCAGGAAAGGCACCUCCACAAGAAAACCUAGAAUAAACUCUCAGCUGGUGGCACAACAAGUUGCCCAGCAAUAUGCAACCCCACCGCCGCCUAAGAAGGAGAAGAAGGAGAAAGUGGAAAAACAAGACAAAGAAAAACCUGACAAAGAGAAGGAAAUCAGUCCCAGUGUUACAAAGAAGAACACUAACAAGAAGACUAAACCAAAGUCCGAUAUUGUGAAAGAUCCUCCCAGCGAAGCGAACAGCAUACAGUCUGGGAAUACCACAACAAAGAACAACGACUCCAAUCACACUUCAAGACCCAGACUGAAAAAUGUGGACAGAAGUACCGCACAGCAGCUGGCAGUCACAGUGGGAAAUGUCACAGUAAUCAUCACAGACUUUAAAGAAAAGACUCGCUCCUCUUCCACGUCGUCUUCUACAGUGACCUCCAGUGCAGGAUCAGAACAACAGAAUCAGAGCAGCUCGGGCUCUGAGAGCACAGACAAGGGCUCGUCCCGUUCCUCCACGCCAAAGGGGGACAUGUCAGCAGUCAACGACGAAUCUUUCUGAAAAUUGCACAUGGAAUUGUGGAAACUAUGAAUCGGGGUAUGAAAUUCAAACACUCCACCUGCCCAUGCUGUUCAAAUCCUGGAGAAGCCUCUUCUGUGCUUGAACACACACUUUUUUUGGACAUCGACCUCUUACUGAUGCGACCAGGAUAAUUCUGCUUGCCGUGGGCAUCUGGCCACCAAGGAAUUUCUCACCCUAACGAUUACUCUUGACACUUUUAUGUAUUCCAUUGUUUUAUAUGAUUUUUCCUAACAAUCAUUUAUAAUUGGAUGUGCUCCUGAAUCUACUUUUUUAUAAUAUCUGCUGUGCACAAUUCUCCAUGAACGUUACAGCUUUUUGUUUUGGGGUAGGGAGAGGGUGGGGAGGGAAGGG